AUGGACGAAUUACUAUAUUUAAUUGUCACACUUAUAGUAAUUCAUCAUUUAUCAUCAAAAAUCAAACUGUAUUAUAUUAGGCUUAAUAGUAAUUUUAUUUCAAAAAUAUCAAUGAAGUAUAAUAACUUAUUCCUUGUACCAUUUUGUGGUUUAAUGAUUAUGUUAGUAAUAUAUUACUUUCCAUCACUUUCUGAAGGUUUAGUAUUUAUAAUAGUUUACACGUUAAUGUCAAUUUGUUUAUAUUUAACUAUUCAGCCAAUAGUCAACAGUCUUCCAUUACACUCUUUUAUUAUUAAAAAUGGUGCUUCAAUUACAAUAACCCUUAUAAUUGUUUUGAUUUAUAUUAAUAAUCCAAAUUGGUGGUUAACAAAUAUUAUUGCGAUAUGUAUUACUAUUUCAAUUCAAACAUUAUUAUCUUUUGAUAAAGUUCAUAUUCCAUUAGUAUUGGUGAUAGGACUAUUUGUCUAUGAUUUAAUAAGAAUUUUUAGAAAUUGUUAUAUUCCAUUUUAUGACGGUCAGUCAGUUUUAAAAGGAUUAUCAAAAAACUCUACCGCAUAUCGAAUACCGUUAUACCUUGAAUUUUAUAGUAUGUUUAGUGCAGGUCAUUUUAUUAUUGGAUUAGGUGAUAUUAUUUUUCCAGGAAUGUUCAUUACAUAUUUAUACUGUACCGACUUCUUAUUUAAAACUCAUUACUUUCUAGUUGGUGUAAUUGGAUAUUGUUUUGGAAUGAUUGGAACAAUAUUAUUGAUAUGGAAUUAUCAAAUGGGCAUACCUGUGUUAUUGUGCAUUGUUCCAGCAAUGAUUAUUCUAUCACUCAUUUAUUCAGUCAUAACUAAAACAUUAAAGAAUAUACUUAAUCUUUCAUUGCAAAAGAGAUUUGAAUUACCAUCUCAAAAAUUAAAAGAAUGUGCUAGUACAACAGAAGAACUAACUAUUCAAAUAAAUCAGUAA